AGCUCUCGGGCUCCAGGUCCCACCCGCCGCGCCUCCGCCCCUCUCUGCUUCUGUCUGUCUUGCCCCUCCCCGCGGUCUGGUCGUCCAGUCCCCGCCGUCCGUGGUGGCCGAGGCGCGAUGAGCUCCGACUGCACGAGCUAUGUGAGCGCCGAGCAGGAGGAGGUGCGCGGCUUCAGCUGCCCGCUCCCGGGGGGCGAGCCGGACGCCGUCUUCUGCUGCGGCUUCCGCGACCACAAGUACUGCUGCGACGACCCGCACAGCUUCUUCCCGUACGAGCACAACUACAUGUGGUGGCUCAGUGUCGGUGCUCUGGUGGGCCUGUCCAUAGCAGCAGCAGUCCUCCUGGCCUUCAUUAUCACCCCCUGCGUCCUUUGUUACCUGUUCAUCCGCACAAAGCCCCACAGGAAGCUGGACCCAGGCUUAAGCUUACAGAUCACAGGCCCCCAGGAGGUGCCUGACCAGCAAGGCUCGAACACAGUCAUGGUGACGGUGGAGCCCGGAGGGAGCCCUCUCAGGCACAGUGAUGGCUUCUUGAACUCACGACUGGAAAAUGAGGAGGAGCAAGCUGUGGACUCCAAACAGCUCCUCCAGCGCUGCUUUAUAGCCACAGUGACUGCCAGCGACAUUCCAGGCAGUCCAGAGGAAGCCACUGCCCCCGACCCUGACCCCGACCCCGACCCCGACCCAGACCCAUGUGGACCAGUCCCAUAAACACCUAAUAAACGCGACUGC